AUGGAAAAUCACCGAUCAAUUGUCCAAGAAAAUGCAACACUUUGUUUAAAAAACAGCGAAUACAUGAUUUUUCAAGGCAUUUUCACAAAGGUGACAAUUGGCGGUUUAACAUUAUCAGUACUGAAUGUCACGUUAGCAGUCAUUAGUAUGUUCGUCGUGUAUUUCCUCACAUGUAAAACUUUCAGGGGAAAACAAGGCGUCAGUGACAACGGAAAGAAAUCUCAAAUCUCAAAUAAACGUCAACGGGAUAACGAUGGUGUAGACGAUUACCCCUUAAAUGAAGACGAGGUAUCUCUGUUAUCAAUGUUAACAUAUAGCUGGGUAGAACAUCUUCUGGAGAGAGGAAGCAGCACGGUCAGUUUAUCAACAAAGGACUUGUUCACCCUGCCGAACAGUCUCAACAUUAGGAAAGUUCAUCAACAAUUCUGUAAAACUCUCAAAGGUGCUGAGGAAAGCAAUGCGCACGGGGAAGUAAAAAAGCCUACUUUACUUCAGGGCCUAUACAAAGCAUAUGGGCUACACUUUUUCCUUCUUUGUGGUUCGCUAGAGUUGCUUGCUCACCUUAUCGACUUUACUGGUCCAAUAACACUAAAUUCCUUGAUAUCCUUUUUCGAAAAUGACGAUGAACCGGCCUAUGUCGGAUAUCGUUAUUCAUUUCUAUUAUUCUUGUCGUGUUUUGGAAAAACUCUUGUGGACUGUAGAUUUCACUUUGUUCGGGUGCAUGUCAUAUUAAAAGUUAGAAUUUCUAUAAUGACAACUAUCUUUAAGAAAGCCUUACAGAUCAAUACCGUGUCUCUAUCGAAAUUCAGCACAGGUGAGAUCGUCAAUUUUCUCGGAACUGAUACGAAUCGAAUAUUACAAAUGCUUUCGUGUUUCCAUGCUCUGUGGAGUCUUCCGAUUGAAACAAUUUUAAGUAUGUAUAUCCUGUAUCAACUGGUAGGGCUUGCUUUUUUGGGAGGACUGGUUGUUGCUUUGAUACUUAUCCCAAUUAACAAGGUCAUGUCAACGAAACAGAUUGCACUAGGCAAAGAGUUAAUGACACAAAAAGACAAGAGAACAAAGAUAAUGAGCGAGUUGAUAGGAGGAAUAAAGACAAUCAAACUUUACACUUGGGAAGACCACUUCAAGGUAGUGAUUGACAAGCUUCGUGAUGCGGAGUUACGUACUAUCAGGAAGAGGAAGAUGAUUUCCGCCGUCGGAUCUUUCCUAUUGUUAUCAUCACCUAUCUUGAUGACCGCUCUGACCUUCAGCAUAUAUUCUCUAAUGGGAAAUGUGCUGACAGCAGCUAAGUUGUUUACCAGUCUGUCGCUAUUUUUAAAACUAUUUGGAUCCCUGAAUGACCUCCCUUGGCAUUUUAAUACAGUAAUGCAGGCAGUGAUUUCCCUUGAAAGGCUCGAGAGAUUUGUAGCGUUAGAAGAUAUUGAUUUCUCCGAAUAUUACCAGCAUAAACAUGCAUCCAGGAAUAACAAAAGUGUGAUAUCGGCAAAUGCCGGACAAUUCACAUGGGAAGACGAAACGAAACCGAAAGCAAAUGAGAGUGAACAUUCAGGCAAACGCUUUGAGGCAACCAGUGAAUCUGGUACACUCACUCUGCGAGACAUUAAUUUCCGGAUAUCAAAGGGACAGUUCAUAGGAGUGAUUGGCAAGGUUGGUUCUGGUAAAAGUUCCUUACUGAACGCUAUACUUGCCGAGAUGGCUCGGAAAGAAGGCGAAAUCUCUGUGUCUAACCUUGAAAAUGGCUUUGCUCUUGUGGGUCAAGAACCUUGGAUACAACAGGCUACCGUUCGAGAUAAUAUAACAUUUGGCAAUCCAUUUAACCAAAGGAAAUACACAGAGGUUAUGCAUGCAGCUUCUCUCAAGAAAGAUAUCUCGAUUUUACCAGCUGGAGACCAGACAGAAGUUGGUGAGAAUGGCGUUACACUGAGCGGAGGUCAGAAAGCUCGACUAGCACUUGCUAGAGCUUUGUAUCAGGAUAAGGACGUGUAUCUUCUUGACGACCCAUUAGCUGCUGUAGACGCUCACGUGGCACAACAUGUAUAUGACAAAUGCAUCAUGGGGUUACUCAAGACAAAAACCAGAAUCCUAUGCACUCAUCACACAAAAUUUCUUGGCAAGGCAGAUUUGGUUAUACUAAUGGAUGACGGAGUUAUUUUAAAAAUGGGUCCUCCCUCUGAUAUUCUUCCUGAUAUAAAAUUUGCUGAACACAAACCAUCCAACAAAAACAAGUUGGAUCUCGGUGAAAUUGGCAAUACCGACAAUGACGGAACGCUUGGAGAAGAAACCAAGGCCACUGGCAAAGUAAAACUUUUGGUGUACAAGACCUAUUUGGCGGCGCUCGAUAAAUGGUUAGCUCCAGCCAUUUUGGUGUCUUUCGUCUUAAUGCAAGCUUUUGAGAAAUUGAAGAGCUGGUGGUUAACGAAGUGGGUUUCCAGCAUGACUUUUGAAAACAACAACACUUUUAUUUCCGUACAUCGCUGUUUCCAUGACAAUAUGUCUACACCGAAAAGCUUCUAUCAGGAAUAUGACGCGACAGGCCAUAUAACGCUCAACCAAACUAGUCUGGGAUUCUACAUGAUGGUGUACCUAUGUCUAGCCUGUGUUUAUGCUAUUUCAUCGCUAGCAAGAGAAAUCCUCAUUGUCUAUGCUGGGAUGAGUGUUGCUAAGACCAUACAUAGUGACUUGCUCAAUACUAUACUGAAGGCUCCGAUGUCGUUUUACGAUGUGACUCCUGUUGGCCGAAUUUUAAACAGAUUUUCAUCUGAUAUGGACACCAUUGACGAACCAAUCAGCAACAUGGUCAAGGUUGUCCUAUCUCAACUGUCCGGUGUGGUAGCAGGUAUCGCUGUCGCUUGUUAUGGCAUGCCCUGGUUCAUCCUUCUGAUACUGCCCGUGUCAAUGAUCUACUACCAGAUACAGGAGAGAUAUCGACACACAUCUCGGGAGGUUAGGCGAUUAACAAGCCUAAAUCGCUCGCCAAUCUUUUCCCAUUUCUCAGAGACAGUUUCGGGAGCGGUCACCAUCAGGGCAUUUCGAGAAACAGAAAGAUUUAAAACCCAACAUAUGGAUCGUGUGGAGAAGUGGCUGAGAGCACAUUAUACAGCCCAUAAUAUGAAUAUUUGGCUCCUACUACGGACGCAAGUCGUUGGCAUUUUCAUGGUGACUGGAAUUUCUAUUUUGGCUUUAUUGGAACACAGCAUAUUUCGCAUUGAUCCAGGGUUGGCGGGACUUGCCAUUUCUUACACCCUGACACUGUCUGGUCGACUUAACCGAGUGGUUACCUGUGUCACGGAAGUGGAAAAGCAAAUGGUCAGUGUUGAGAGAGUACACCAAUAUAUAGAAAGCACUUCCAGUGAGAAAUGGAAAGGUUUACAGCCAUCACCGUCCUGGCCGGCAGCAGGAGUUAUCACUUAUAACGAUGUCUAUAUGAAGUACCGGGAUGGGCUACCUCUUGUACUGAAAGGUCUCACGUUCAGCACUCACCAUGCGGAAAAAGUGGGAAUUGUGGGACGGACAGGGUCCGGGAAGUCAAGUCUCUUCCAGACAUUGUUCCGUACUGUAGAGAUAAGCUCUGGUGUUAUUACCAUUGAUGGAGAGAACGUACAGAAAUUGGAUCUCAAAGACGUCAGGCGUCAUCUGGCUGUGAUUCCUCAGGACCCAUUCCUCUUUAGUGGUACCGUCAGGGAGAAUCUCGACCCCACGUCUUGUUACAGUGACGAGGAACUGUGGGGUGUCCUUGACAGAUGCCAUCUCCGCCUACCUGUAGACAGACUGGGAGGACUCGAGGGAGAGGUGGGAGAAAAAGGACGACAUUUUUCUGUAGGACAGAAACAACUCAUGUGUCUUGCAAGGGCGCUCCUUGAGAAAUCUAAAGUGUUGUGUAUUGAUGAAGCUACGGCCAGUGUAGACCUGGAGACAGACAAAUUAAUACAAGAAACAAUCCGCCAGGAGUUUGUGGAGAGUACAGUGUUGACCAUUGCCCAUAGAAUCAACACCAUAAUGGACAGUGACAGGGUGUUGGUGAUGGACCAGGGUCAAGUGGCUGAACUGGACUCUCCAGAAAAACUUCUAAAAAACCCGGAGUCUGCAUUCUACAAGCUAGUUCACGGAGAGAACAUUUGA